GUCAAAGCAGUGAGCGUUGUGCAUGUGUGUGUGGAGGUUGUGACUAAAUCUUUGCCUUGAUUGGGGCUUAUUUCACCAUUUAUAUUCUGAAAGCUCUUCGAGAAGCUUGACAAAAAUAAUGGAGGCAGAAAGUUCACGCAAGUCGUCUGCACAAGUGGACAGAGGUUGGGCCUGGGUGGUUUGCAUUGCAGGCCAUUUCUGUAUCGCAUUAACCAUCGGGUAUGCUACGUCACUUGGUGUCUUCUUCAUCGAAUGGAAAGACCAGUUUGAAUUGUCUGCUACAUCUUCAAGUUGGGUGGUUGGUAUGCCGCUAUUGGUUGGAAGUUUCGGAUGUUUGUUCAUGGGUGACGUAGCUCUGUGGCUCGGUAUACGUCGUGUCUCAAUGUUAGGCUCUGCUGUGAGUGGACUCGCCAGCAUACUGGCAUCAUUUUCUACCAAUGUCUGGCACCUCUACCUCAGCGGUGCAAUGUCAGGCAUAGGACUUAUGUUGGUAGUUUCUCCAUCAUUGGUAAUACUGUCUCAAUACUUCAGGAAAAGAUUCGCUCUGGCCGUCGGGCUACUCGUUGUGGGACUCAGCACAGGUCAGUCUGUCUUCCCACUUUUGUUUCGUCUCUUGAUUGUAAACUACGGCUGGAGGGGAGCCAUGAUGAUUGGAGGAGCUAUCCAGAUGAAUAGUGUGGCAGCUUGCGCCCUCUUUCGACCACUCAGGUCAUCAAGUUCGGACAAAGUUAAGCGUGUAGGAAGAAGAUUGGAGGGAUUGGAUAAUAAAGGGGCGAUCGACAUGGACAUGGGAACUACUCCAAGUGGCACGUUACGGAAUACUUCCCAGGAAACGCAGACUCCUGAUCAAAAAAGAAAAACAACGAACACAGAAAAAGACAACCUCAACGAACUAUCAGAAAGAAAGUUAGAAACGAAGGAAUUAGAUUACACGAAAUCUUUAGACAGUAUUCCGAUCAAAGCAGUUGUCUCAGAUCAACAGUUAAAUGUAAAGCUUCACUCACAGGGAUCCGUUCAGACACAACAAGAAAAACACAUCAGUCCUGAAAACGAAGAGCCGAUUUGCGAUGUUUCUCGCCAAGAUGUCAACAUAAACAAUCUUGACCAUAGUCCCAAGGAAAACAAUGGAGGAAGAACAUUUCGAGACUAUUUUGGAUUUUUGGACGUCUUCUCCAAUUCCCUGGUUAUGUUGAUUGUUUUGGAAAGUUGUUUCUUUGCCAUUGGGUUGAGUACAAAUGCGACACAUCUUCCAGCUAGAGUCAAAGAGGCAGGCUGGUCAGAAGAUCAGGGUGCGUUGGUUCUAACAAUAUAUGCCAUAGUUUCUAUAGUAACCCGUGCAACUCAUGGUUGGUUCGUGGAUAAGAACUACAUCGGUGCCUUCAAGCUGCUGGCGAUUGUCUUGUUCGGAUGUGCAGUUGUCAGUUGCAUGAAUUCAGUCUCUGAUAGUUAUAUAUUCUUGAUUGGAUACGGUGUCAUUCUGGGUGGAUUUGUGGGUAUCGCAGCGCCUCUGACAAUAUUCACUGCGAAGAGUGUUGCCCGUCCGUCACAAGCACCGAGUGCUAUGGGCUUGGUUUUAUGCGCUCUGUUCCUGUUCAGCGGUACCGGAUCAAUCAUUGCAGGAAAGAUUUUUGAUGUUACAGGAAAUUACGUCGCUACUUUCCUAACUGCUGGUGCCACGUUUUUUGCAGCGUCUAUACUACCUUUCAUUGUAGCAGUCUGCAAGAAAAGGCGGCAGAUUGAAUGAAAAACGUCCUUCUUCCAGUCAGUCACGAACAGACAAUGCACUUUUACUUUACUCAUACAUAUUCAUGACCGAGAGUAGAGUUCUCACUGGUCCAUUCAUCGCGCACGCGAGUAUUAACGCACAUGGUAAAUGCACAUGACUCCCGCGCACAACUUUUUUUUCUGUCGGCCCUACACCUACAUCGUCGUAGUGCUUUUCAAUGGGGAAUUUUUGUUUUCUAAAUGGAUUAAAAAGGGAAACCUUGUAGAAAUAAAAACUCAGGGACAUUUUUGAGGAUGGCAAUUCUAAUGUAGGCCUCCAGAAAAAAAGUGCCUACCGGGCUGCCCGGGCAUUAGUCUACUUGUCAUGCGCAUUUACCAUGUGCUUGACGGUCGUGGAACGCGCCCCUCUCUUAACAUUGUUUUAUGCAUGAGGUAUGUCACAAUGCUAACCCAAAACAAGGCGAUGGGCGCCGCCACUGCAAGUGAUGGGAGACUUGCACCCCGUCAGUUGUUGUGUUGUUUAAGUGCAGAAAUAUAAAGGUUAACUGUUAGAUGUCAUGCUAUUGGAACGUGUAGUGUCAUUGCUUUCACACAAUUGUUUUUGUUAACGCAGGUUGAGAGGUAAGGGAACAAACACCACAUUGAGUAUUGAUACAGUUAAAAGUUAUAACUUUCCUUCAACCUUUUUACUUCUGCAGUGAAGCAACUCUAUUUACAAGCAAAGAAGGUUGUUAAAAAACUGUUAAACAAUAUAAUAAGGUUGGUUUCGGGCAAAAAACUUCAGUAACUAGCUGCGCCCACAAAAACGAAGCAAAAACUAGACCACUUUUCAAUUCCUAUUCUGACAUUCGACCUUUCUUUUUAAUGGAAGAUUCGAAAAACAAUGAUCUUGAAUAAUAUUGCUGAGCAUAAUAAAAUAAAGCAUUAACGGGUCGUAGGCCUUGUAUACGCUUGGUUAUUUCUCUAAACUAAUUUCAAAAAGAACUUACAUGGCGAGAAACACACCAGCUUUUAUUUAUCUAUUUAUUUAUUGUUUAGUUAUUAUCUUUUUUGUCGACAUUCAUUUAUUGUUUUCAUUUAUUUUUCUAGUUGUAUAUAACUCUUUUUAAACUGAGGAUUCGUUUUUAAACCUUUGUGUCUCUUGCCAAUUUUACAAUUUUUUUUUUUAAAUGUUUCUUAUUAAGUUUAUUUUUUGCCUGAUGGGAGGGAGUGGUGCUAUUUUGCAUUUUUACUCUUUCUGCGUUCUUGCUUUUAAUUAUAUUUCUGUUUUUGUCUUAAUGUUCUUCAUGUUUUUAUAGUUUUUUGUAAAUAAUUAUAGAUUUUUAAUACAAGGCCAGGGAUAUUGGAAUUGAAGUCCUUCGGGC